CCCCUGUUCUCUUAUUUGUCACAGGGACCCAAAGUAUGUGGAGUUCUCGGUUGUCUCCCUCUCUCCAGGCGACACACACAUCAGCACUGAGUGACACAGUAUAAAUGAGGAUCUCCUGACUGUUUAUUGACUGUUUGCAGCAGCAGCAUCAGCAGCACUCCAUUGAUUAUGUGAGGUGACAUGUUGGAAACAUAAGAGAAGAUGAUGAGGAAUUUAGCUCAGCAGGUGGGACUGUUUGUGUGCAGGACCAGCUCUGGUACAAGCGCUUGGAAUUCAGUCAUUUCAGCCAGUUAUUUCAGUGCUGGGAUCACAAGUUAUUCAAGGAGCACAGUUUAUCGGGGAUACAAAGCUUGGCAGAAUCUUUUAGAUUCAGAAAAGAGACGCUGGCAAAGGGCAUGUGCAAAGUACCAAGGUUUGGUGACAUCACUGGAGAAGCGUUUGUGCGACAUGCACGAGCGUUAUUCCACCGGUGAUGAAAAGGGAAUGAUCACAUAUGAGGACUACAUCUAUUUUGAAGACAAUGGCUGCAUAUGCCGUUAUAAACCAAAUACUGGUGAAGAUAGUCUUGAGGUUUUGCUGACUGCAGAAGACCUUGGAUUAGGGGAUUACGAAAUUCAGAAGAUUAGAGUCUCCCCUAAACAGAAGUUUAUGGCUGUAACUUUAAAAGGUUAUGAAAGAGAAGAAUCGACUUGCGUCGUUGUAAAACUGGACAAUGGGCCUCAAGUAACACAUUGUAUAGAAAAUGUUUUCAGUUGCGAGUGGGCGACUGAUCGUAUGUUACUGCACACCAGCCAAGUGAAUGUUCAGUGUCGGCAGGUCUUUGCAACUGACUUCAGUGAUGCCAACGGGGCUGCUCAACUGGUUUACACUGAAAAUGAUCCCAGGUUUUUCGUGGAUCUUUACUGCACCAGAGACAAGCGAUUUAUAACCAUAAACAGUAACAGUAAAAGUACCUCGGAGGUGAGGCUGAUUGAUAAUCGCUGCCCAUUUGAACCUCCUGUUCUGGUGCAGAAGAGAAUCGCCGGGGUCAUUUACUACAUAGAACACAGUAAUGGCUGCCUCUAUAUGCUCCGCCGUCACGGAGAAGCCGCAGAAUACAAGAUAUUGAAGGCAGCAGUAUCUUCUGGAAUGAAACACUGGGAGCCUGUGUAUGAGGUCCAAGAAAGAACAAAGCUUGUAGACAUGGAGAUGCUGAAGGAUCAUUGUCUUCUCUUCCUGAAGAACCACAACCAGCUCUCUCUGGAAGUCAUUGGUCUCCCUAGUGGAGCUGUGCUUCAGUCUAUCAAGCUGCCUGCUUGGGCCUGUGCACUGGAACUGGAUCAUCAGGCAGAAUAUGGAGCCGGCACAGUCGGUUUCUCACUUUCCUCUCCAGUACACCCUCCCGUUAAUUUUGAGUACUCUCUCCGGAAAAAGCAGUUGUCAGUAGAUACCAGCCAUAGAUCUGACGGAAUCCAUCAGUUUCAUACGCUGAGGCUAGAGGCCAAAAGCAAGGACGGCACGUCGGUACCACUGACACUGCUUUAUAAGGACAGCGAGAAGCAGAUGAGACAUCGCCCCUUACUUAUCCACGUUUAUGGGGCUUAUGGGAUGGAUUUGAAUAUGAGCUUCAAAGUGGAGAAACGAAUGCUGGUUGAAGAGGGGUGGCUAUUGGCUUAUUGCCAUGUAAGAGGAGGAGGUGAAUUGGGGUGUAACUGGCACAGCGAGGGUGUUUUGGACAAGAAGCUGAAUGGUCUGGAGGAUCUGGGCUCUUGUAUAUCUCACCUGCAUGGCCUCGGUUAUUCCCAGCCGCACUACUCAGCCGUGGAAGCAGCCAGUGCAGGGGGAGUUCUGGCCGGAGCUUUGUGCAAUUCCGCUCCUCGUCUGUUUCGAGCAGUCGUACUGGAGGCACCGUUCUUGGAUGUUCUAAACACAAUGAUGAACGUGUCGUUGCCCUUGACCAUCGAGGAGCAAGAAGAAUGGGGAAAUCCAUUAUCCGAUGAAAAAUACCACCGCUAUAUAAAGAGCUACUGCCCUUAUCAGAACAUCACUCCUCAGAAUUAUCCUUGUGUUCUGAUAACCGCCUAUGAAAAUGACCAGCGUGUUCCAAUACAGGGAUUGCUGGGAUACAUUACCAGACUAAGGAAAGCUGCCAGGGAUUACUGCCAUGAAUCCAGAACGUCAGAGUCUAGGAUUCCUCAUAUAUAUCUAGAUGUUCAUCCUGGUGGCAGCCAUUGUGACUCACUAUCAUGGGAGGAGUCACUGAGAAAGGUUGCGACGCAGCUUGCUUUUCUUCACAUGGAGCUUAAACUGGAUAUACCUCGUCGCUGCAAAGGCUCGACUCAAUAAAACGUCACUGGUGCA